AUGGACGGAAUCGAGCAAACACCUUCCGGUUCAAAAGUGAUCAUACAGUGUGUUGAUCCCAACAGCCUAUACGAUAGCCUCGAACCCCGCCUCUCCGCCAGAGCUCCCCUGCGAAAUCUGCACUGGAAAUCUCCAAAUCGUCCCCUUCGAUCCAUUCCGAGUCUGAACAUAUCGCUUCAGAAGGAGGACAAAUCUACAGGAUCUCAGGGCAGUGCUCGCAGACAUCAGAUCCCAGGUUUACGAGAAACACCGUAUGUGAAACUUUACAUAUUGCGUUGUGACGACAAGGAGACAUACAAAGAAAAGGUCAGGAAAGAAGUGCGCCAAUGGGUUAAAUCGCAAACACCAGCCGGGGACGGCAAGUCCUCGAAUAGGGCCCAGGAGGAUCACGAUGCGUUUGAAUGGCUGAUUCUGCAUGUGGUAUUGCCAAAUACUCCGGCAGCCAGUCAGCCAAAGUCGUCAAAACAUAUUUCCUUGGAGACAACAGAUAGCACCGACAGCGUCAACAGCAAAUCAAAAUGGUCGGGCAAGAGCUCGUCUACCAUAUUCGACAAAUUAAGAGCCGACUUCAGCAGUGGCUCCAAGUCGUCAAUCAAUCGUGUUGCUCAAGUUCGUCUCUUGGAUCCGGGCGAUAGAACAACUCCACUCACUCCUGCCGAGCUGGAAGAACAGUGGCAGGACUUGACCGAAAGCCUGAAAGCGUGCAUACUCCGCUCCUUUGAUGCUCGAGUGGCCCAGUAUGAGACGGACAUCCGCGAAAGACAUAAUCAACGAAAUUUGCCCGGCUGGAAUUUCUGCACAUUUUUCGUUCUCAAAGAAGGGUUGGCGAAAGGCUUUGAAAGUGUGGGUUUGCUUGACGAUGCUUUGGCGGUCUACGACGAGCUAUCGCUGGGCUUGGACACCUUGGUGAAUGAACAAGCUCAAGGAGGCGACCGUGACGAUAGCGGUGCCCUCCUCGACUUCUCGAGGGAAUCCAAAAGCCUUUUGCGUGCGGCAUUAGGUUCUGAAAGUGCUACGUUGCCAAAAACUAAACCCGAGACAAUCUUGAACCCCUCCAAUAUCCUGAAUGCCGACCGUCCCGACUUUCCUUUUGAUGUCGAGAGGAAGAAAUAUCUGGAUCUGAUUCUGUCCAAUGAUGUCUCAGCCUUGGAUCUGCGCAUCUACCUCUUCACCCGCGAGAUGGACAUUUUGCUCAGGCAAGGACGUCAGGAGCUUACAAAGUCCUCUGGAAAGACUAUCUCGAGUGCCAAUAUUACUGCUUUCGCGGAUCUGACCGAGCGUGCCAUAAGCUUCAUCAACUUGGCAGCUCGUAGUUUGCGGCUUGAGCUUUAUAGUGCGUGGGGAGGUCAAGAGGGGUUGACUCUGAAGGAGUUACAUACCCAGCGUACAGUGACAGGUAAUAUUGUCUCUACGUUCGAAUGGCGCGCUGCGAUGCAGAUCUUGAGUCAGGUUCUGCCAGUCUUGGGUUUAGAUGCGGAAUACGGCACGGAAUGGCUGUCACUCGAUUCCGUUGAGCUUUCACGAAUGCCUGGCAGCAAGUCAAACGAACUUUCCGAUGCUCGAAACCAUCUCAACAGAAUGUCACUGGCUCUCGAUUCUGGCUCGCCUUCACGAGAGCGUUCUCAUGGGCCUCACAAAAGAAUCUCUGUCAUUCCCGAAGAAGUAUUCCCACGACAGCUUACUUUCACGCGUCCGGGGUCCGAAUUGUUGGCUUUAUGGGCCUCCAAACUUGCCAUCAUGGCGCGGAACGCCAUGGCAAGUCUCGAAGCAGUACGGCCAUGGCUCAGUCAGAUGAAACGUGAUGCAUUGAACAGAGAUAGGCGCGCAGAAAGUACAGAAGUCAAUGGGCAGAACGUCAACCACCACGAAAACCAUGAAGACGAGGAAGAUCAAACGGCAAAAGUCCAUCCAGAUCUGCUGGCAGGCAUUGCUUCGAACACUCUACAGACAGCUGCGUCAUCGAAGUCUGCUUCCCUGAACAUGUAUGCAAUGCUCUCGGUCUUGGCUUAUCGUGUCAUUGCGGGAAGCAGGAGCAAUACGACUGCGCAACAGGUUCUGACAGAUCUCGUGGAACUGGAAUAUUCGCAGAACAACUAUACUGUCGCAGCAAGGUACUUGCAUAGCAUUCUGGGACAAUUGCCGCAAGUCUCCUAUCGUCCGUCAGAUGGCCAUCUGCUGCUGAUCUACGCCGAUUGUUUAAAACAUCUUGACAGACCAAGUGAGUACGCUCGUUGUAUCAUUGCGUGUCUGCAUUGCGCUUCAGAAGGCCAUUUUGGUGCAAGGCUAGAGAAAUUCCAACCUACAUAUCAGCUUUUCCAGGACCGACUUUUCGAAGUGGCACAUGCCAUGAAACCAAUGACCUUUUCUCUGUCAGCUUUAUUCGACAUUCUUGGCGUUGCCAGCACUAUCACUCAACGAGAAGGAGAAGAUGGGUUCAUGCUCUCUUUCACCAUUCGAACGUCAUCUGGCACAAGCACACCGCCUAUCAGCGAUGCCAAACUACGGCUCACUUCACAGGAUGGGAAUGAACCCCGUUUCAUCUCCUUGAAGCUGUCCAAGGAUGUUUGCAUAGAAUCAAUUGAUACAAACGUUAUGCUUGUAACGGCGGUGACAACACAUGGUUGGUAUAUCCCUGAUGAAGUCGAGAUCAGCAUUGGUAAUCUAAGGCUUUUGCAUCACUUUCGCGCCACGCACCAUGACAACCCUGCGCAGAUGGACGAGACACCCACUGAUAGGUCGCCGGUUGUCCCAAUCCUCGUCUACCCUUUCCACGAAACAUUUGAGAUCAAACUCAGCCACGCUCCAGUCAUACAUCUAGGUGAAACGCGGCGAAUUCUGAUGCAGAUCCUGCCCGGACGUAACAAGAUCAGCCAAGGCAGAAUACGGCUGAAGACAGCAACAGCUGGGCUUAGGCUCAAUAUUCAUGAGACAAAGUCAUUAGAUGAUAAAGGUGCUGCAACUUCGUUACGAACUGCAAGAGAAGGCGAUGCCCAGGUUAUCAUUUUCGACGACAUGGAGGCCGAUACUACAAGCCGGAUUGAAAUUCCAUACACAAUGGAAGUCCAAUCCGAACCAACCGCCACCAUUCGAGUUGAUGCCAGCUACCAGACCGAACAAGGCACAUAUACGCUUUAUGGCACGGCUAUCGUCAGCGUCCUAUUGCCCGUUGCGGUGAACGUGCAAGAUAUUUUCAGGAGCACCUGCAUGUAUUCACGAUUUAGCAUCAGUCCAUCCACACUUGUGCCUCUGCACCUGAUAGACUGCCAAAUAGCUGAAACUGCAGCAUACGAAACCGCUACCGGUGGUGACUUUGGGGGCUCGCAGGUGGUGUUUCCCAAGCAACCUGCCACUUGGACUGUGCGACUCAUUCCAAAGCUUGAAAGCUCAAUCACUGCCUCGCAAAGGAUGACUCUUUGUGUCCACUUCCAAUCUAUGGAUGAUCUCAUCUUGUCCACCCUUGAGGAGACAUUUGCAACGGCAUUCUUGAAGACACCUUAUCGUUUUGCCGCCCGAUUAUUGCUAUGCCACCUUCUGAAAACUGUUCGAACAUCGUGGACCGAGCAAGAUCUGGAAGUAGCAGCUCUAACACAGGAAGUGGAAAUCUGGAACAUGGACGUUAUGAAUUGGAGCUCUGUAUUGUGUGCAUUCGAACGAAAUACCAGGACCUCCAUCGAAGAAUGGCUCAGCGAUUGGCAUUCGCAGACGUCGACAAUCAAAUUCUCCACCAUGAAAACUAUUCAACGCCAGCUUAGACUUCAUGUUGACAUAUCGUCUCACCCUGUUCUUGUUGCAGCAUGCUUGGAAGUCAAAGGCUUGAACAUGGCGACACCUACAGCCACGUUGGGGCAGCCUAUCCUAGCUGAUCUAACGAUGAGUUUGGCAAACACAAGGGAAAAGAAUGUGGAAGUAUCUUUUGAGAUAGCUACGUCGGAUUCAUGGCUGGUGGGAGGCAAGCGGAAAGGGAUUGUGACACUGACCAGGGACCCCCUCCGCAUUCCGGUCAUUCUAUUUCCCCAACACCAAGGGCAUGCGCUCCUGCCUUCUGUGUCGGUCAAGUGUAGGAAGCAAAAGCAAAGCAGCGGUAAUGAAGAUGCGUGGACAGAUGUGGCAAGUGAAGUUCACAAUCCGAUGCACGGUCGCAGCAUCCACAUCAGCUCAGAUAUACAGAGUACCACUGUCGAGGUGUCUGGAAGACUGCCGGACGGAGGUUCGGGACGCCUGAUAGCGAGUGCACGCCGUGAAGAAUUUGGGUGAGGAUAUAAAUCAAAAACUGUGAUCUUGAAGAUCUCCAUCCCCUGUCAAGAUGGACAUUUCUCACGUGCAUGACCUGCAGGUUCGAAUCUGCAGCAGCCACAGACGAGUGGCAUCGAAGAAUGCCUUUCGAGCUUCCAGAAGUCCUGCGAGCUUUCUUUCUCCAAUCCACAGGGUCGCGGCACGAACCGAGCACCCUAGACCCUGUCAAUCGAACGGCCACUGGCCAGCCAAGGGGCGCGGGCUGUCUCUGACGACAUUUGGGCGGCAAGGAUGACCCUUAGCUCAUUUUCUCGCCUUCCCCAACAAAAUCGUUUUCGUGGGAUCUCCGAACCCACCUCGGCGGUAUUCUCUGACUCGCAGCGCAAUCUGAGGUACUUAUCAGAGUUGACCAGCAUCUGGCCCCUGUACUGUGACCAGGGAUGCUAUUGAAGGAUCUUCAUGUGACCGAG